UAGGCAGUCAGGCUGGACGGUUGCUAAAACACUGCAGUCUUCUUUUUUUUUCCUCCAAGGAAGGUGUCUCUCUCUCCCUCUCCUUCUUCUUCUGGCCAUGACCCUGGCGGAUACUUUACUUUCGUUACCCACCUAGAGAGGAAGAGGAGAAGAGGGAACCUUGCCUGAAUGCAAUGCUCUACUGGCUGGACUGUGGAAAUUAAGGAAAUGUGUCUACAGCAGAACUGAUAGACAGGAGAGUGGGAGUGAGGCAAGUAGCAGGCAGACCUGUGAAACAGCAGCUGCGGGAAGGGGAACAGACGAAAAGCAGAGAGGGGGAGUUAGAGAGGAGGAGAAAGAAAGAACGAACCAGGACGAACAGGAAAACAAGGCAAGGAAAGUGGUAGAGUGCUCACCUAAAGGAAACCAAAGAAUGCUCUCCUCAUUUCAGUUACCUAUCCUUUUCUCACACAUCUUUUCCUUUCACUCAUCCCCACACAGUCAACUCAGUGUUGUCUCUUCGUCUGCACAUCUUCUCUCCUUUUAACUUUUCUGCAUGUGAGCGAAAGGGGGGCCAAGACAAUGGGCAUUGGUGAACAUUCAGAAUCAAUUCCAACUGAAUGUAGUCCUAGCGUGCGCACUUAAUGGAGAAGUGGUUCUUGUGUAAAAGAGACUGAUUGGCUAAAACACUGUUGUCGUUUUCAACAGUGGCUGUUUUCUCUGCCAGAGCGCACCUGCGCCGGAAUUUCUAAUGACAGCAGGUGUGACAUAUCACUCAGCCGACCGACCAGAUUAGAGCAGUUCGGGAAGUGCCAAGCGCUCCUGCGAUUAUGUGCUUAUUUUUUCAAGUGAUAGACAGGUGUAGUUGUGGGAUUCAGGAAAGGAACAUAUAACGAACAGGUGUUGUAGGAUUAAGCAAAGGGAAACUGGAAUAUACAGGUGUUGUAGGAUUAAGUAACGUUAAAACGGGAAUAUACAGAUGUAGGAUUACGAAUGAAGGCACUCUGGAAAACCACUGAUGACAAGACGUCGUCCAGAGACAAAUUUGAGGUGAUGUGUUUUAAUCUUAGCUGGUCUAUCACUGCAGGGGCACAGUUGGACUACAUGCCUGAUCCCACUUCAGUUUCUGUGGUGAAAACACUGUAGGCUGGUUAGCUUAGAAACUAUUGGGAACAGUUGCUAUUCCACGUUACAGGCACCACAACUAUGCACAUUUGGCCUUGAAGCCACGUUAUUUGGACUUUGUGUUUCUGUUCAGGUCUUAAGUGACUUUUGUGUGGGCUCUCAAAGACCUCUUGAAGCUCUUGAAAGAGGGGGUUGGAAUAAAACUUAGGCUGUUGCUAGCGUCUCACCUCCGGUUGGUCCAUGAGGCGCUCGAGCACGGAAGAGACGCCGUACCGGCGCAGUCCCUCACUGGACAGCAAGCCCGAGACGCCGCCCUUCACCUCGGGCUUCCACAGCUACAGUGGCGAGUAUGAGUAUAAACGGCCGCCCUUCGCGUUCGGCUUCCACACGGCGCCGAGGCCGCAGGCGGCUAAAGGCCGCUACACCACCUCGCAGGGGAAGAAGUAUGUGGUGUUUUACCUGGACCUCUCCUUCAUCUUCCUCCUAGAGCUGCGGCGCUGCAGGAUGGCUGAGGGCUGCAUGAGGGGCCUGCGCUACGGCAUGGUCUUCUUCAACCUCCUCUUCUGGUUGGGGGGUUGUGGAAUACUGGGCGUGGGGGUAUGGCUGUCAGUGACCCAGGGCAACUUUGCCACACUCUCCUCUUCCCUCCCAUCCCUCUCAGCAGCCAAUCUACUCAUUGCGGUAGGGACCAUCAUCAUGGUGAUUGGUUGCCUCGGCUGUGUCGGAGCUGUCAAAGAAAGUCGUCCGCUGUUGCUGAGCUUCUUCAUCCUCCUUCUUCUGAUCUUCUUCUUGGAGAUUCUGUCCAUCAUGCUCUUCUUUGUUUACCAAGACCAGAUUGAUCACUAUGCCCAGAGGGAUUUGAAGAGGGGACUCCAGCUCUUUGGCACCGAGGGCAACGUGGGCUUGACCAACGCCUGGAUGAUUGUACAAACGGAUUUCCGCUGCUGUGGCGUGACCAACCAUACGGACUGGUUUGAGGUGUAUAACGCCAGCCGCGUGCCCGACUCCUGCUGUCUGGAGUACAGCGACAACUGUGGCCUCGAGAACCCAGGGACCUGGUGGACCGCGCCAUGCUACGAGCGGGUGAAGGAUUGGCUACAAGAGAAUCUGGUGGCCCUGUGGAUAUUUGCCUUGUGUACGGCACUCACACAGAUUCUGGGUUUGGUCUUCUCAAUGACGAUGUUCUGCCAAGCAGUCAAAGUGGAGACCUUCUACGCCUAGCAGUGUCCCCUCUUUGCCCCAAAGGACUCUGGGAAUGAGUGAGGCACACACCCCUCUCCCCCUCCCUCUACUCUGUGACAGACCUUUCUCGGCAACGCCCUCGCCGACCAAUCCUCAUGUAACAUCUUCACAAUGUCAUAUCGGGAGCCGAUGGAUGGUCUUUGCUCAAUUAAAUGUUAUUCACUCAUUCUGUGGUCAACAUAUAUAUGUAAUAUAUAGAAAUACGUAUAGAGAUGUAAUGCUUUUUUAAAGAUAUGUUUUAAAUUAUUUGGAAUCAUUCCAUAAUCUAAGUGUUUUGAAACGAGAGGAGAGCUAAGGAAUGCAGGUCAAGAGUGCAUUUAGUAAGACAGGCCAUGUGAGUACUAAAGUGCAUGGCGCUUAUAAUGGUGUUUACUAAAUGUUUGGCUCGUCCAAAUCGA